AUGCCUCCAAGAAAGAAGACCAGAAGCAACAACAUAACUUCCCAGGAUGGGCCAAGCCAUGCUGACUCAGAGUCAAGGCAACAUGCCUCUUCUAGAGAAGAAGAACGUGCAAGUGAGGGAACUUUUACCCUCACAGAUCUUGUUGCAGCCAUUCGUGCUAUGGGUGACACCCAGAGGGAGAUGGCAGAGAUGAUAAAAGAACUCAAAAAUUCGGCUCCAAAGCCAAGUGAAGUGAAUGAGAAGCACCCACAGGAGGAAUCUGCGGCUGCCGGAAAGGAGUCUGAGCAGAAGGGACCAUCUUUUGUCACUCAGGAGGACGUUGUUGCCAUGCUGGAAAAGGAGCUGAGUCGAAGUCAGGAAGAUUGGAAGUAUCUUCCUCAGCCGCCAUAUCCAUCAAGCUUACUCCAGCAGCCAUAUCCUAAAGGCUAUGAAGCACCGACCUUUGUCCUCUUUGAUGGACGAAAGGGGAGCCCGAAGGAGCAUGUCAAUCGCUUCAUCGAUGCCUUGGGACCAUAUGCUGGUGAUCAUAAUCUUCGACUUAGAGAAUUUUCAAAGAGUCUCACCGAUCGUGCUUACACAUGGUAUACAACGUUGGCACCGGGUUCUAUUCAUUCCUGGGAAAGUCUGGCAAGCAGGUUCUGUAAGAAGUAUUUCCAGCAUGAAGAACGAGUCACCACCACUCAACUCAACAACACUCGCCAAAAGCAUGGUGAGGAUCCCGUGGACUUUGUACGCAGGUUCCGGGACCUCGCAUUGGAUUGCUAUGAUGAGAAGGACGAGGAGGCGCUUGUUGAAAUUUGCAUCAGCAAUAUCGUGGCAGAUUAUAGAGUGUAUUUGGAGAAUAUUGGCAUUAGUCAAUUUUCUCGGCUGCUGGAAGCUGUAAGGAAGACGAGCAUGUCCGUCAGGCCACCAGGACAAAGGACUUGGAGGAAUGAGAAGAAGGAAGCGCAUCAAACAUUAGCAAUAGAUGACAAGCCAUCCAACGACUACAAUUCACGCAAACGCAAGGAUAGAGAGACGUAUCCACCACUACCAUGCAAAGAUGAAGAAUUUCAUGCUAUCCUUGACACAAUGAUUGCUGAUGGCGUGAUCAAACCUGUCAGACCCUACAAAGUUCCUACUCGAGAGGAAAAGAAUGAUCCUAGGUACUGCCGUUACCAUCAAUUUGUGGGGCAUCCGACCACUGCCUGUCAAAGUCUGAGGAGGAUUCUACAUGCCAAAAUACAUGAGGGAGUCCUUGAACUUCCCUCUAGGAAGCAAACGAUUGAUGAAGACCCCUUGCCAAAACGAAGGGGAAAGGAGGUAGCCGCUGUCAUUACAUGUUCUGAUGAUUUACUUGAUGAUGAUGAAUUGUGCCACCCUUGGAGGAAUGACCCAAAGCCGCCGGAAGCCAUAUGGGAACCUUGCGGAAACAUGGAAAAGGCAUAUUGGUGUAAAUAUUCGAGGCCUUCAAGUUACGACACACCAUGGCCACUUGCUGAUGGAUGGGGUGACAACUCAGGCAGCGAAAUUUUUGUUUUGGACAUGCCGGAAGAGCGCUACUCGGGGGCUUUAUCGGAGCAGCAGGAAGCAGCUGCCGUGACAUUUCAUAAUAUCACGGAAGCUGAAACAAGUGUGAUGGAGCGUUAUUUAAGCAUGAAACAGGGGCCCACAGCUUCACAGGUCCUUCAAAGAAAUCCAAAGUUCAAAUCACUUUUUGACCAACUUGGCUUCGGGCCUCAAGCAAGAGAAGCAGCUGCUGUAGCCCUGAUGAAUAUCUCUGAGGAGUCCAAUUCUCAAUGCUUUACAACUCAACCACAGGGGUCAUUCUUGGGAAAUGACAAUGCUAUUGUCUUUACGGACGAAGACAUGGAAGUUCCAUACCCGGACCAUAGGAGGCCGCUUUACUUGGAGGGACAGAUCAAUGAUGUGUUCAUAAGGAGAGCUUUGGUGGACACGGGUUCCUCUGUCAACAUAUUACCUCUGUCUGUGCUUACGGCAGCUGGUAUCCCAUUGUCCAAAAUUGUCCAAUCACAAACAAACAUCAGUGGUUUCGGGAAUAAGAGUGAGGUCACAGUCGGGCAUCUACAAGUACACUUAAAGGUUGGGCCAAUUCGGUCACUUACUAAGUUCUAUGUCGUGGAUGUGGAUGUGGCUUACCAUGCUUUGCUUGGAAGGCCGUGGCUCAACAAGCAUAAGCUUGUGGUCUCCACCUAUCAUCAAUGUGUAAAAGGAAGGAUUGGGCUGAGGCCGCUACGCAUACCUGGAAACCAAGCACCUUUCAACAAAGAUGAAGCUCACUACUCUGAAGCAGAGUUCUACACUGAAUGCACAGGUGCUGGAAGCAAUCCAUCCAAGGAUUUCGGGACCUACCUUCCUUCAUGGACUGAAAUUCGUGAUUUAAGCAAUGAGGAGCUCAUCACCAUUGUCGAUCGAGAGAGAAAGAGGCACUCGGAAGUCAACAACCAUGCCUAUGAUCAUCCCCAAUGCUCAAAGGUGACGCUGCCCGAUGGACGUAUCGUCUGUGGGAGUUCCAACGACAAGGCACCCUUGCCUUGUGCUUUCCAGGAGCCAAUGGCAGCACCCAGACACAUGCAAGAUGGAUCGUCAGCAGUAGCUGAGCAGCUGGAAACAAUUGAUUUGAGUGAGGAUCCCUCUGCCCCAAGGCCCAUUUCCAUAAGUGUUCAUUUAACAAAUGAGGAGAGGGCGGCCUUGAUAUCUUUGCUAAAGGAAUUUCGAGAUGUGUUCGCUUGGAGCUAUGAGGAAAUGCCUGGUCUGAACCCAAGCUUAGUAAGUCAUACUCUGAAUAUUGAGCUUGGUACAAAACCUGUCGUGCAGGCAAGAAGGAAUUUUCAUCCUGAAGUUGAGAAGCAAAUCAAGGUGGAAAUUGAAAAGUUGUUAGCUGCUGGAUUUAUUAAACCAAUCAAGCAUCCUACGUGGUUAGCAAAUAUUGUUCCUGUGAAGAAGAAAACCGGUGUGAUCAGAAUAUGCACGGAUUAUCGAGAUCUCAACCGAGCAUGCCCAAAGGAUGAGUUCCCGCUGCCAAACAUGGAUAUCUUAAUUGAUUCGACCUCGGGUCAAGGCUUGUUGUCAUUCAUGGAUGGGUUUAGCGGCUACAAUCAGAUCAAGAUGUCUCCCAAGGAUGCUGAAAAGACAGCCUUUCGAACACCGUAUGGGAAUUUUUAUUAUACGGUCAUGCCAUUCGGCCUCAAAAAUGCUGGCGCCACCUACCAAAGAGCUAUGACAGCAGUGUUUCACGACAUGAUGGGAAAAGAAGUUGAAGAUUAUGUGGAUGACCUUGUGGUGAAGUCCAAAACCAGAGAAGGCCAUCAAGAAGUUUUAAGAAGAGUGCUGGAAAGGUGUCGGCUGUACAGUUUGAAGAUGAAUCCAAAGAAGUGUGCGUUCGGGGUUUCAUCUGGUAAAUUCUUGGGGUUUCAAGUACAUCAGCGUGGCAUAGAUGUGGAUCCUGAGAAGACUAAAGCCAUAAAUUCUCUUGCACCGCCUAAAAGCCCAAAAGAAUUGAAAAGCUUUAUGGGAAGAUUAUCAUAUAUUCGGCGCUUUAUCCCAGGUCUUGCUGCCACCAUGAGUGCUUUUACUCCAUUGCUCAAGAAAGGCAAGAGGUAUGAAUGGAGUGAGAAGUGCCAAGAAGCUUACAAGAAGGUGCAACAAAUAAUCGCCAAGCUGCCCACUAUGAAAGCACCUAUUCCGGGGCUUCCUCUCAAGCUUUAUUUGGCUGCAACAAACACAGCGGUUGGAGCCUUACUUGCUCAAGAUGAUCACAGUGGGGAAGAAAGUCCUAUUUAUUACGUAAGUAGGCAACUAAGGGGGUCUGAAGUGAGAUAUCCGAAAACUGAACUUUUGUGCCUUGCUCUUGUCUAUGCUGCACAGCGCUUGCGACAUUACUUCCUUGCUCACAAGCUACAUCUCAUGGUGAAGUCUGAUCCCCUGUCCGAGUUCGAUAUCACCUGCACCACUCCAAAAGCCAUCAAAGGGCAGGCCGUUAUUGACAUGUUGGCUCUAUUUCCUGAAGUUGAAGAAUCAACAAUCUCUAAGGAAGUUCUGGGGGAGCUGCCGGAAAUGGUUGCUGUUGUCACGGAGGCAGAACCAUGGACCCUCUACUUCGAUGGGUCUUCUACAUCGAAGAGUGGAGGGGCAGGUGUGGUGCUUAUCAAUCCCGAGGGGCAAGCCACGGCCCUCUCGUUUAAGCUAAAUUUCCCAUGCACAAAUAAUACGGCAGAGUACGAAGCUUUUAUUGCAGGGAUGUCUACAGCAAGGGAAAUGGGUGUCGAAAGAAUUAAAAUUAUUGGGGAUUCAAACUUGGUGCUGAGUCAAUUACAAGGAAAUUUCGCCGUGAAGGAACCAGCAUUGGCACCAUAUCGUACAGCUGCUGAAAGGCUUGUUCGUUCGUUCAAACAAGUUGUGUUGGAACAUAUCCCGGGAGUCACUAAUAGAUAUGCUGAUGCGUUGGCCACUUUGGGGUCAAGGCUCUCAUUUAUUGACGAACAGCCCAAUAUUGCAGUAAUCAAGAAGGACACGCCAGUUGUUGAAGCAAUGGCUCAAGAGGAGCGGCUGGAAGAGGAUGACUGGAGGAAGCUUGUGAAAGAAAAAAUAGGCAAAGGAAGCAACAUCAAAGAAUUGAAGGAUUAUGCGAUCAUCUUUGGGGAACUGUACAGACGCCUUCCGGGAGGUAUUUUGACACGCUGCAUAGGGAUAACAGAAGCACAGGAGAAGCUUCAAGAGGUACAUGAGGUCACUUGCAAUUUGGAGCCAAUAAUCAGCUUGUACCGGCGCCUGCAGCGCAAGGGUUAUUACUGGCCAGAAAUGAGGAAACAAGCAGCUGAAAUACAAGCCAAUUGUCCCAAGUGUGCAAAAAUACCUUCCACCGAGGAAUCAUUCACCGUCUCAUUUGCGGAGGAUUGGAGGGCUCCAUACUUGGCAUCCUUCGUCAAUGGAGUCCUGCCAACCAAUCCCAAGCAUGCACGCAAGCUCAAAAGGACAAUGAAAAGAUACUUCAUAGAUGGGUCAACUCUUUACCGUAAGGGGUUUAAUGGUGAGCCAUUAAAAUGCUUGGGAAAGUCUGAGGCACAGCAAGUCAUGCAAGAGAUUCAUGCUGGAGAAUGUGGUGAACACCAAGGAAUGAAGAAGCUUUACCGGCAGCUGCUGAGUGUUGGGUAUUAUUGGCCUACAAUGAAGAAUGAUGCAUACGACUUUGUGAAGAGGUGUCACACAUGUCAAGUUCAUGCCAAUUUAAGCCAUAAGCCUCCCACGCUGCUGCAAGACAUGCGCACCCCUUGGCCCUUCCAUACUUGGGGGCUUGAUUUGAUCGGGACUAUUCAUCCACCAUCCGACAGCUACAUAUGGAUCCUCACGGCCACCGAAUAUUUUACAAAGUGGGUAGAAGCGGUUCCCUUGCGGAAGGCCACGGGAGCUGCCGUUGCCAAUUUCAUCCGUGAAAAUAUUGUAUGCAGAUUUGGGAUCCCAUACAAGAUUGUCACUGACAAUGGCACCCCGUUUGUCAAUAAGCAAGUAAGCUCGACACUUAGUGGUUAUGGUAUCAAGCAUCGCCGCUCCACGCCUUAUUAUCCACAAGGAAAUGGUCAAGCGGAAGCCACAAACAAGACUUUAUUGAGGAUCCUAAGCAAAAUGGUUUAUGAGUAUGAAGGAGGUUGGAGUGUUCACCUGCCGGAUGCUUUAUGGGCUUACCGCACCUCUUCAAGAAGUGCCACAGGUUUCUCGCCAUAUUCACUCGUGUACGGGUCCGAUGCCAUUUCACCAGUAGAGAUUACCAUCCCCACUGCCAGAACAGCAGCUGUUAACGACCUCGAAUGGGAUACAAAGUCAUGCUCGGAAUGGCGCCUGCUGGACCUUGAAGCUUUGGAUGAAAAAAGAGCGGUAGCCGAAAAGAAGACAGCAUUGUACCACAGAACCGUAGCUCAAGCCUAUAACAGGACAGUCAAGCCUCGCGCCUUCAAGCAAGGAGACCUCGUGCUAAAAGUUGCGGAGCAUGUAAGAAGACAAGUGUCGGGACCUUCCAAGUUUGCGCCACAAUGGGAAGGCCCGUUUGCAGUCAAAGAGGUUCACAGCAGCGGCUAUUAUCGCUUGGUCUCUGUCAAAGAAGGCACGCUAACCGACCCCGUCAAUGGGAAGUGGCUCAAGCUCUAUUACUGCUAA